CACCAUGGUCUGCGGCCCCGGGGACCGUAGUGCCGGCCAGCAGCAGCGCUCCCGGGCUCUCCGCUCCGCCUCCGACAGUCCGGCCGCGCUGGGCGUCGGCUGCGGGCGUUGAGGCACGCCAGGCUCUGCGAGGUAACAUGCAUGUGUCACUGGCCGAGGCCCUGGAGGUUCGGGGCGGCCCCCUGCAGGAGGAAGAAAUAUGGGCCGUGCUAAACCAGAGCGCUGAAAGUCUCCAGGAACUGUUCAGAAAAGUGAGCAUAGCGGAUCCUGCCGCCCUUGGCUUCAUCAUUUCUCCAUGGUCUCUGCUGUUGCUGCCAUCCGGUAGUGUGUCGUUUACAGAUGAAAACGUUUCCAAUCAGGAUCUUCGGGCGUUUACUGCACCAGAAGUUCUCCAAAGUCAGGCACUGACUUCGCUCUCAGAUGUUGAAAAGAUCCAUAUUUAUUCUCUUGGAAUGACAUUAUUUUGGGGGGCUGAUCAUGAAGUACCUCAGAGCCAACCCAUUAAGCUUGGAGAUCACCUCAGCAGCAUCCUGCUGGGAAUGUGUGAGGACGUCAUUGAUGCCCGGGUUUCUGUCCGGACUAUCUUGGAUGCCUGCAGUGCCCAUGUCCGGAACAGUAACUGUGCGCCUUCAUUUUCCUACGUGAAGCAGUUGGUAAAACUGGUUCUGGGAAACUUCUCUGGGACAGAUCAGCUUGCCCGUAACAAUGAUCAAAAGCCUGAUCGAAGCCAGGCUAUUCGAGACCGAUUGAGAGGAAAAGGAUUACCAACAGGAAGAAGCCCUACUUCUGAUGUGCUAGACAUAUACAAGGCUCCAUUCUCUCAUCAGACCUUUCUUAACAAAGGGCUUAGUAAGUCUAUGGGAUUUCUGUCCAUCAGAGACACUAAAGAUGAGGAAGAUUAUUUCAAGGACAUUUCAUCAGAUAAUAAUUCUGGACCCGAGGAUUCUGAAAAUACCUACUCCCCAGACCAGUUCACAACCAGUGGCCCUCAAAAAAAGGUGGUCCCUGGCAUUGAUGUGCUUCCCAAAAAGAAGGUUUGGGCUUCCUCUAUGGACUUGCUGUCUUCACCUGACAGAGACUCGUCUCCUGGAGAGAUGGACAGGUUCCGGCACUGCCGCCCGGAUGGCCUCCCAGGGCGGACUUCACCUCCUCCUAGGAGGAGAGAGGCCAGGUACUCCGACGGAGGCAUAGCUCUGGAUGUCUUUGACCCUCAGAGAGUGAACCCAGCAUGUUACACACAAGAACUGCCCACCGCCUCGGCAAUAUCGAGUGCUCUGGACAGAAUUCGAGAGAGACAGAAGAAACUUCAGGUUCUCAGAGAAGCCAUGAAUGUAGAAGAACCAGUGCGAAGGUACAGAACUUACCACAGUGAUAUCUUCAGUACCUCCAGUGAAAGUCCAUCUAUUAUUUCCUCUGAGUCGGACUUCAGACAAGCGAGAAGGACUGAAGCUUCAAAGAGGUUCGAAUCCAGCAGUGGCCUCCCAGGGCUGGGUGAGACUCCAGGUCAAGGCCGGCUGCAGAGACCAAGCAGCAGGCAAUGCGAAACAGCCCCGGACAGCAGCUCGGUCAGCCAGGAGGUCAUGCUGAAGCGACAGGAGGAAGAGAUGGUGCAGCUGCAGGCUGCAAUGGUCCUUCGGCAACCUCGGCUCAACCCGUGCCCCAGCGACACGGUCACAGCUUCCAUGCUGGACAUCACCAGAGACCCGCUGAGAGAGAUGGCCCUGGAGACCGCCAUGACCCAGAGGAAGCUGCGGAAUUUCUUUGGCCCUGAGUUUGUGAAGAUGACGGUUGAACCAUUUGUAGCUUUGGAUUUGCCCGGGUCUAUCCUUACCAAAAAAGGGAAAAAUGAAGAUAAUCGGAGGAAAGUGAACAUAAUGCUUUUGAGUGGACAGAGGCUGGAACUGACCUGUGAUACCAGAACCAUCUGCAAAGAUGUGUUUGACAUGGUCGUGGCCCACAUCGGCCUAGUGGAACAUCAUCUGUUUGCUUUAGCGACCCUCAAAGACAAUGAAUAUUUCUUUGUUGAUCCUGAUUUAAAAUUAACCAAAGUGGCCCCAGAAGGAUGGAAAGAGGAACCAAAGAAAAAGAGCAAAGCAGCUGUUGACUUUACUUUAUUUUUUCGAAUUAAAUUUUUUGUGGAUGACAUUAGCCUAAUACAACACACACUGACCUAUCACCAGUAUUACCUUCAGCUGCGGAAAGAUGUCCUGGAGGAGAGGACGCACUGCGAUGAUGAGACUUCCUUGUUGCUGGCAUCCCUGGCGCUCCAAGCUGAGUAUGGAGAUUAUCAGCCAGAGGUUCAUGGAGUGUCGUACUUUAGAAUGGAGCAUUAUUUGCCUGCCAGAGUGAUGGAGAAACUGGAUUUAUCCUAUGUUAAAGAAGAGUUACCCAAACUGCAUAACACCUAUGUGGGAGCUUCUGAAAAAGAGACAGAGUUAGAAUUUUUAAAGGUCUGCCAGCGGCUGACGGAAUAUGGCGUCCACUUCCACCGGGUGCACCCUGAGAAGAAGUCACAGACAGGAAUACUGCUUGGAAUCUGUUCAAAAGGGGUCCAGGUGUUCGAAGUUCACAAUGGAGUUCGCACCUUGGUCCUUCGCUUUCCGUGGAGGGAAACCAGGAAGAUUUCUUUCUCUAAGAAGAAAAUCACAUUGCAGAAUACGUCAGAUGGAAUAAAACAUGCCUUCCAGACGGAGAACAGCAAGGUCUGCCAGUACCUGCUGCACCUCUGCUCGGCCCAGCAUAAGUUCCAGCUGCAGAUGCGGGCAAGACAGAGCAACCAAGAUGCCCAAGACAUCGAGAGAGCUUCGAUUAGGAGCCUGAGCCUCCACGCAGAGUCCAUGAGAGGACUUCACAUGGGACGCGCAAUCAGCACUGGCAGCCUGGCCAGCAGCAGCCUCCACAAGCUCGCUGUGCGACCUCUGUCUGCUCACGCUGAGGUCCUGAAGAGACUCUCCUGCUCAGAGCUGUCGCUUUACCAACCACUGCAAAACAGCUCAAAGGAGAAGAGCGACAAGGCCUCCUGGGAGGAGAAGCCCAGCGGGCUGAGCAAAUCCUACCACGACCUCAGUCAGGCCACCCUCUUUCCUCAUCGGAGAAAUGUCAGUGUUAACGCGGAAUCCCCACUGUACACCACUGCAGAGUUGGUGGGAAAACCUUUCCACCAGACAGCAAGAUCUGAUACAGGAUCUGUGGCAGGACCCACAAAACUCAAUAAUUCAAAGUCCAUUGCAAGUUUAAAUAGAAGUCCUGAAAGGAGGGAGCAUGGAUCAGACUCAUCCGCAGAAGACCCUGGUCAAGCCUGUGGCAUAGGAAUGCCUAUGCAUAAUUCUGGAAAUUCUUCAUCCCAAGUACAUGUAAAAGAUAAUGAUGUGCUACACAAAAGAUGGAGCAUCGUGUCAUCACCAGAAAGGGAGAUUGCAUUGGUGAACCUGAAGAAAGAUUCAAAAUACGGCUUAGGAUUUCAGAUUAUUGGUGGAGAGAAGAUGGGAAGGCUGGAUCUAGGUGUGUUUAUCAGCUCCAUUACCCCUGGAGGACCGGCUGACUUGGAUGGGUGCUUAAAGCCAGGAGACCGCUUGAUAUCUGUGAAUAGUGUGAGUCUGGAGGGGGUCAGCCACCAUGCUGCAGUUGAAAUUUUGCAGAAUGCACCUGAAGAUGUGACACUUGUUAUCUCUCAGCCAAAGGAAAAAAUACCCAAAGUACCUUCUUCUCCUGUGCAUUUGGUCAGUGAGAUUAAAAACUACAUGAAGAAGCCGUUCUACGCCCGGGACAUCAUAGUGGAUUCUUUGGAGGAUGUCCCCUGGCCCCGGGGUACCCUGAGGCAGCUCACAGAAGGCUCCUGCGUGCUGCCUGGGGGUCUGCGGGAAGGAAGCCUGAGUUCUCAGGACUCCAGGACGGAGAGUGCCAGUCUGUCCCCAGGCCAGGUCAAUGGUAUCUUUGCCAGCCAUUUAGGUGACCGAGCCUGGCAGGAAUCCCAGCGCGGCAGCCCUUCCCCAUCGGUAAUAUCAAAAGCCAUCGAGAGAAAAAGAACUUCCUCUGACAGUAUCCGUAGCAAAACUGGAAAACCAGCCAUCUCUGAUGCAACAGAUUACUCUGACGGUGGAGACUCAGACAUGGACGAAGCCACUUACUCCAGUGGCCAAGACCACCAGACACCAAAAAAGGAAUCUUCCUCUGCAGAGAAUGAACCCAACAAAAUGAAUUUUAAAGCCUUUUCUUCGUCACCUUCUAAACCUGGAGAUGUCUUUGAGGUUGAACUGGCUAAAAAUAAGAACAGCUUGGGGAUAAGUGUCACGGUACUGUUUGACAAGGGAGGUGUGAAUACUAGUGUCAAACAUGGUGGAAUUUAUGUGAAAGCUGUUAUUCCCAAGGGGGCAGCAGAAUCUGAUGGUAGAAUUCACAAGGGUGAUCGCGUGCUUGCUGUCAAUGGAGUGAGUCUGGAAGGAGCCACUCAUAAACAAGCUGUGGAAAUCCUGAGGAAUACGGGACAGAUGGUUCAUCUACUGUUAGAAAAAGGACAGCCACAGGCAUCCAGAGAACACAUCCCUGUGACCCUGCAGUGCACCCUUCCAGACCAGAACCCACAAGGUCAAGCGUCAGAAAAAGUGGUGCAGAAAGCAACUCCUGGCAAAGACUACGGCUUUGUUACUGAAGAAAAUAUAUUUGAGGUAAAACUGCUUAAAAAUAGCUCGGGCUUAGGAUUCAGUUUUUCUCGAGAAGAUAAUCUUAUACCGGAACAAGUGAACACCAGCAUAGUGAGGGUUAAAAAGCUCUUCCCUGGUCAGCCAGCUGCAGAGAGUGGGAAGAUCUGUGCGGGAGACGUCAUCCUGAAGGUGAACGGGGCCUCUCUGAAAGGCCUGUCACAGCAGGAAGUGAUAUCUGCUCUCCGAGGAACAGCUCCAGAAGUGUGCUUGCUUCUCUGUAGACCUCCCCCUGGAGUGCUGCCAGAACUUGAUGCUGCUCUUCUGACCCCACUGCACUCUCCAGCCCAAGUGCUUCCAAGCAGCAGUGAAGACCCUUCUCAGCCAUCAUGCGUGGAGCAAAGCACCAGCUCAGACAGAACCGAAAUGUCCGACAGGAACAGGAAGCCAUGCAAGUGCCCCUCCAGGAACGAUAGCUACAGCGACAGCAGCGGGAACGGAGAGGAUGACGUGGUGAAAGCUCCAGCAAAGAUGCCAAGUAUGGCCUGCAGUUCAGCUUUGCACCAGCCCCUACACAACAUGGUAUCCCAGGCACAGAGUCAGAAUGCAGCUCCCAGGAGUGAGGAACAUGCCGUGUGCACCCUGUUUUACUGUCCUCAGAAAGUACCCAGCAAAGCAGAGUUUGAGGACAGUGGUGACCCUCCUUUUCCUCCAACACUGGAUGUGACUCCUGAGCAGAACUGCCAGCCCCACUUAGAGUCCACUUCCUCUGAUUCAAUGGGUAGAUACCGCACACAUCACAGUUCUGAAUCAGCUAGAGGAGAGACUUCGAAAAAUGACCUAGAAAACCACCUUGAAGACUUUGAACUGGAAGUAGAACUGCCCAUCACUCUAAUUAAAUCAGAAAAAGGAAGCCUGGGUUUUACAGUCACCAAAGGCAGCCAGAGCAUCGGUUGCUACGUUCAUGACGUCAUACAGGACCCGGCCAAGAGAGACGGCAGGCUAAAGCCUGGAGACCGGCUCAUCAAGGUUAAUGAUACAGAUGUUACAAGCAUAACUCACACUGAUGUGGUGAAUCUGCUCCGGGCAGCACCCAAGACAGUGAGAUUAGUUCUCGGACGAGUUCUCGAAUUAUCCAGAAUGCCGGUGCUACCCCAUUUGCUACCUGACAUUAUAUUAACGUGCAACAAAGAAGAGCUGGGUUUUUCCUUAUCGGGAGGGCAUGACAGUCUCCAUCAGGUGGUGUAUAUCAGUGAUAUCGAUCCAAGGUCCUCUGCAGCCGUCGAGGGGAACCUCCAGCUUCUGGAUGUCAUACAUUAUGUGAAUGGCAUCAGCACACAAGGACUGACCUUGGAAGAAGCCAACAGAGCACUGGGCACGUCGCUUCCCUCGGUGGUGCUGAAAGCCACAAGAGACGGGCAGCCAGUGUUUCCCUGUUCAAAGAAAUCUGCCGUGUCAGCUCCAGAGUCAGCCAGAGCCAAUGGCCCCCACAGCUCAGAGCUCUGUGGCCAGUCAACUGUCACUCCCGAGGACACAUUCUCCAAGGUUAAUGGGGAAGAAAUAAUUGAGGUUUCGCACCCUGAAAGAAAAUGUGCUUCUCAGAUGAAGAAAUUAGCAAGUUUGACUGGGCGCGAAGAAUCUAAUACAGAAAAUGACGAAAUGUAUGAUGAUCCUCAAGAAGCUGAAGUUAUCCAGUCCCUGCUGGAUGUGGUGGAUGCGGAAGCUCAGAACCUUUUAAAUGAAACUGGCACACCAGGAGAUGCCUAUGGCCCAGGUACACGGAAUACAGAUGGGAGGUUAUUGGAAGAGGGAGCAGAAGACACAGACCAGGAUAGCACAUCUCUCCCUACGGACUUUGCUGAGUCUACUGGAACGAGCAUUAGUACCGAAUACUGGGAAGAGAAAAUAAACAGUGAAAGCUCACUGCAAAUGUCGUCACAAGACGGGAAGACGGAGGAGGAUGAGGGCCCGCCAGUGGGGACUGCAGACCAUGAGGACUCCAGGAAAGGUCCUCUCUUCCUGACCAGUGAGCAGCUGGCUGCACUUCCUGUGGUCCGAGUGCUGCCCUCAGGGAGAUACACCGGCUCCAGGUUGAAAUCUGCCAUUCAGUUGCUGCAGGGCUUACUGGAUCAAGGAAUCCCUUCUCGGGAGCUGGAGAAUCUUCAAGAAUUAAAACCUUUGGAUCAGUGCCUAAUUGGGCAGACGAAGGAAAACAGAAGGAAGAACAGAUACAAAAACAUACUUCCCUAUGACGCCACCAGGGUGCCUCUGGGGAAGGAUGGGGGCUACAUCAACGCCAGCUUCAUCAGGGUCCCAGUGGGGAAAGAGGAGUUUUUUUACAUCGCCUGCCAGGGGCCUCUCCCCACCACUGUUGGAGAUUUCUGGCAGAUGAUUUGGGAGCAAAAAUCCACAGUGAUAGCCAUGAUGACACAAGAAGUGGAGGGAGAAAAGAUCAAGUGCCAGCGCUACUGGCCCAACCUCCUAGGCGUAAUGACAAUGGCCACUGACAGGCUGCGCCUGGCCCUGGAGCGGACACAGCAGCUAAAGAGCUUUGUGGUACGCGCGAUGACCUUGGAGGACAUUCAGACAGGAGAGGUGCGGCGGAUAUUCCACCUGAACUUUACUGCCUGGCCUGACCAUGACACACCUUCGCAGCCUGACGCCCUGCUCACCUUCAUCGCCUACAUGAGGCACAUCCACGGCUCAGGUCCCAUCACUACACACUGCAGCGCCGGCAUCGGGCGCUCGGGGACCCUGAUAUGCAUAGACGUGGUCCUCGGGCUAAUCAGUCAGGACCUGGAGUUCGACAUCUCCAAGCUGGUGCGCUGCAUGCGGCUGCAGAGGCACGGGAUGGUGCAGACCGAGGAUCAGUACAUCUUCUGCUAUCAAGUGGUCCUGCACGUCCUCAAAUGGCUCCAGGCUGCAGAAGAGCGGAGAGAGCGGCCCAAGCGGCCCGAGUGACGGCCGUCUCUCUGCAUGUGCACCCCGAGAGCCACCACACCUCGCAACUGUCCUCCUGCUGGCACCUUUGACCUUGCGACCUCGAGGGGCCUCUCGGGCACCCCAAUGACAGAUGCUAUCUUCCAUAGCUGCGCUCAACUGAGAUAAUCACUAAACUGUUUUAACACUAACCGAGCAGGGCAGAUACUGGGCUACAGGUACCCUUGGCUGGCAGUGGACUUCGUUCCGAGGACACGCUGGGUCUGUUUUUAAUGUACCAAUCUUGUUUAUAGCAAAAUUUUCCCAGUAUUUUAAGAGUUGUUUUAUAGGAGAUACUUGAAACCAGUAUUUAAGCUUUAAAUGACAGUAAUAUUGGCAUAGAAAAACGUGGAAGGUGUUUCCUGUGUCAACUUCUGAUGUUUACUGCGUAGAUCACCCUGUAAUAUAUUUAUGUACUUUUUCGAGAACAUAGGGCUAUGGCAUCACGUGCAUUGACGUAGUUAACUGCAUCAUGUGUUUGUGGUGUGCGUCUCACUUUGUAAAUAAAACGUGCAGAAACACA